AUGAUGUACAUUUCCAAUUUUCUGCUUUUGUUUUCCUACGUUCUACAGGGUAAUGCUUCGCCCCUACAACACCAGCGACGCGGUCCCAGCAGCGUCGCCUCCGAGCUCGUGGUGACCGCAUCGACUGGUGCCCACUCAGUCGUUACCUAUUAUCCAAGCCGAGUAUCUGACUCCUCCUUAUGGGCCCUCACCACGCCUACCACUCUCUCGUCUGGUGAAAUCGUUUAUCCCGGAGGGUAUGAAUGGGCGGAGUCGGGCGUCUCAACGCCUCAACCUUCUGCCAUACCACCUAAUGUUCCGUUCCCAAAGCCUGGCAGCACCUUCGUUAGGCAUGUACCCGGAACUAGUAUAAUAGAGCCCACCUUGGGUACCGGUCUAUCGCCGCCCUUCCCAACAACAACCAGCUCCUCCCUCUUCACAAAUCGCACAUUAGCGCCUCCUGGAGUUGAAACAGGCGAAACAACCGGACCACGCCAAUCUACACCUCCUACCGGGACGGGAUCAAGCAGUUCCAACUCUACCUCUGCGACUGGGUCACACACAUCCAAGUCUGCUAAGUCGGGAUCAAGCAGUUCCAACUCUACCUCUGCGGCUGGGUCACACACAUCCAAGUUUGCUAAGUCAGGAUCAAGCAAUUCCAGCUCCACCCCUCCGUCAAAUAUACCCAUCGCUACUGGAACGGGAUUAAAGGCUACUAGACCCAUAACUAAGACUAUAUCAAAGGCUUCUAGCUCGACUACCGUGGGAGACCCUUCUCCCCCCGCUUCGACUUCCAAGACGUCUGCGAAGUCCCCUGACGGCGCCUCGGACCUAUUUACUUUUAGCGGCACUUGGAGUGCAUCUCCUACCGCAUCGACGGUGGGCUUCCCCAUCUUCAUCGCACCUACGACGACGAUAUCGGAUACUGCAGCCACAUCGGAAGCAGCCCUUUUGGGGGGUUUGUUCUUUGCACUCAGCUCCAACAGGCAAUGGGUCACUGAUGCCAAGCUGAGAUCCCAAUACAUCGACAGUGUGAAGAAGACGAAGGAUGAAACAAUCGCCCUUUUCGGCGCAUUGAAGGUCAAACCCCCUGCGGACCCAGCUUGCUCAAACACGAAGAGAAAGAGGAGUGUGAUCUCAGAGGUGGAACCUCGAGCAUUACUUGCCAACAGGAGCUUAAUAUCGGGCAUCACAGAUCUCAUUGGGGAUGCCGCCAAGCUUGUUAGCUGCGCUCUCAACGUGGUGACGAACUUGGUCGAAGCUGUUGAAGCUCCUAUUCCACAGAUCGGCGUAAUCCAGACUCUUACAGAUACUCUCGCAGAAAUCGCUGAAAACCUAAAGAAAGGGAAGGAGAAGGAUAACCACGAUGAGCCAUCCUCCACAAAGGAGCAGGAGUCUAAAUCAAGUACAUCGUCAUGCACUAGCAGCACAGAGGUGCCAAUUUGUACCAAAACGAUCUCGCUCUCCACCUCAUUCUUCCCUGGAGGCACGAGUAGUUCUUCGGUGGCGACGAUUACUACAAUGGCUUGCACCACAACCACUGUCAAGGCGUGCAGCGCUGCUGGGACCACAACAACCACAACAGCUUCAACGUCGAGCUCACCGAGUCCAUUUAUCUGUUCACCAGAUUGCACGAAGUGUCUGGCUGGCGAUGUCCCUGCUCCUACAGCCACCCGAAAGCCCGCCAAGCGUAGCAUUCAACUAAUAAACAAGCGGACUUUGUGGGAGAAACAAGAUUUCAGUAGUCUCAACGAAUUUUAUUUAGAAGCUCUAGAAGAAAAACGAGAAUCGACCCAAACGGAGUUAAAUCACCGAAGGUCGGGCACCGGCUCAAGUGCUGUAACUAAUGACUGGGAUAACAAAAAACGACAUCUGUUUACUAGUGGCCUAUUUGGUUGUACUUCAAUUAUUAUUGUUUCGGAAGCAGGAGUGUGGUUUAGUCAUCAUUGGGAAUCCCCAUCAUUCAUGGCUGCAAAAGACUCGGAUUUUAAGAGGGAGGUACUCGAUGCAAUCCGCAACGGGGAUACAGACAAGAUGCCUAGUCCAUUCCCCUUAGCAGUGGACGGACAGAAAUUAGGCCCUAAGACUAAUCGCCAAAUAUUCAUUAGCACGCCAAAGAAUGUAACCACGGGAGACCUUGAGUACAAGGAUCGAGUCGGAGAGGUGGUAGAACUUCUGACAGGACCAAGCGCCCCCUUCAAUGGAGUUUCCGUUACUAUCCGGAGCUAUCUAAAGCCAGUACGGAAAUCAAAUGACGAUGAUGGAACGGCUGCGAUGGCAUACACUCCUAACAGCAAAGUUCUUAUCCAGUACGACAACGACCAGAAGGAUGGCGAGAAGGAUCCGCCUAAGCAACAGGCCAUUUAUCGAGUGUGGUUGGAGGAACAGAUGUAUGAACAUAGAUGGAAUGCAACAACUGCACAGCUCGGUACUUGCUCUGCAAAUCAGAAACGCCAAAACGGAGGUUCUUGCAAGAAGCCUACAAAUGACAUUUCGUCCGGAGGCAAUGCUCCAACCGGCACUAAUGGUGGGCCUCACCCCACCGGUACGGCCACUCAACGAACGACAUCGCCAUCGAAGCUAUCCAGUGAUACGAUAAUAUCUACAAAACUCUCUACGCUGGUGACAUCUCCAUCUCCAUCCUCAAAGCCAAAACCAUCAUCGACAGCACCAAAACCGAAACCAUCACCAAAACCAACACCAAAGCUUACCUGCAAGGGCAUCAACAAUGCAAAAUGGGUUUCUCAUGAUGCCAUGGCCAAGGGCAUCAAGAAUUACUGUGCUGAUGCCGGCAAGCAAGGCACCCAGGAUAAAAGCUCCGGAGGAAUUCAGCGAAGUUACAACAAAGGUACUAAUACCGAGUUCAGAAUUGCGAUCGACUGGCCACCAGGAACCGACAUUGGACUUACUGAGGCGGACUGUAAUGACAAGAUGAAAGAUAUAAUGGAUAACUGCGAUGGUAAGAACCCCGAUAACCCCAUGAACUGGAAACAUGGCGGCAAAAUCGAGAACGGCCCUGCCACAUAUCAAAUCGAACCUGUUGCUACCCGUUACUUAGCAGGCCGCUGCAGCAUGCAUGUUGUCGAACAUGAGAGCUGGACCGGCAUCGAUGGACCCGGCACGGAACGACACUGGAAAUUUCAUGUGGAAGUCACGGCCAAGGAUAGUGCUGGAAAGAAGAUUGGCGGGACGACCAAGAAAGAAGAAGCUGGGGACGGAAAGCCGUAUGUCUUGAAGGAUGUCUAUUAUGACGGUCUAUCUUUUAUACCCGAGGCAAGGGACGAUUACAUUCAGUUCGACCUAGGUAACCAGGCUUGGACCACGAAGGAGUCGCAGUGCACUGUGGGUGGAUUUAAUCGGAAGUUUACCCCUCAGCAUCGCGAUAUGGAUUGUACUUUCGAUUGUUAG